UGUGAUUAUCUUAUCGCGCAUAGACGCAUAUAUCAAUGAUUACGUAAUGGAUAUACUGGGUUCUUUGCUCGAACACGAAAUCAAUAAACACGUGGUGGGGCAAAGAAACGUGGAGGGGAAUUGAGAAUCUUCGAGAAAAGUAGUGCAGAUCGUGCGCCUUCUGUACAGAAGUUGCACAACGUGGUCGGACAAGUGGAGUUCUCCGUGGAUCGUUUGAACUUACAAUUUUUAGAAAAAAAUGGCCGCAGCUAAUGUGAUUAAGAGACUUGUGCCUCUAUUUGAUAGAGUUCUCAUACAAAGAGCCGAAGCUGUAACAAAAACCAAAGGUGGUAUUGUUUUACCAGAGAAAGCUCAAGCGAAAGUAUUACAAGGAACUGUUGUAGCGAUUGGACCUGGCCAAAGAAAUGAUAAAGGAGACCACAUUCCUCUGAGUAUCAAAGUUGGUGAUGUCGUACUAUUGCCAGAAUAUGGCGGAACUAAAGUAGAACUUGAAGAUAAUAAGGAAUUUCAUUUGUUCCGUGAAUCGGAUAUACUGGCAAAAUUAGAAGUUUGAAUCUCUUUUAAGUUUGUGUUUGUAAUUUUUUUCGAAUACUAAAAGCCAUUUCAUAAGAAAUAUACAAGCAAUGAAACAGUGAAAUGUAAGUUACUUUUGUGCAAACUUUGAUGUUUCUUAUUGCAUCAUACAAAGCUAUUUCCUUAUAUAUCUGUUGUUAUAUAUUCAUCAUUCUGUGUCAUGAUUUGAUACAUAUAAAAGUAAAAUAAUAAAGCAUUUGUUGUGUUUAUGUA